GCCUACAAGAAGAACCGUGUAAGUAGAUAUACUACACCGUGCAAAAGUCUCAGGCAGUCAAAGAAAAUGAUGUUAAAAUGAUCUGCAUGUUGGUGUAAAACUAUGGUAUUACGCCUGUAAAAGUGUGUUAGCUUAGCCAUUUCAAAACCUCUGCUCAAAUUAGCCCUGCUGAUAUUAUCCGAUACAGCCAUGUAUUUGAUUGUAUCACUAGUACACCUCAUACGGCCAAUCAAUACCUUGUUGACUUUUGAUGGCUGAGGUGCCCCUGAGGAGUGAUCCUCAUCUAGCCAUCCAGCCUUUUCGGAGAACAGAAGAAAUUCUUGUUAGUAUUUAUUGCGAUACUCUUUAUUGCCAUAUUUUCUAAGGUUAAAUUACAUUUUUUUUUCUAAGCAAAAAUACACUUACUGCCCAGAUAAAUAGAUUUUAAACAUUUCCUUUGACUGCCAAAGACUUUUGCACAGUACUGUAGCUGUAUAACCAUAACAACAUAUAGCAUGUUCAGUUCAGACACUGAAAUUAAUCUGGCAUGAAAAAAUGUGAUAACAUUAUAUACUUUCUUUCUUAGUUUUGACAAAGCUACAGAUAUAAUCAAAGAAGAGGACAGGCCAGAAUUGAUUGGGAUGGCGGAGGUGCUCCAGGUGAAUUCAGAGGAAACUCUACAGUAACAGUAUCAUGAAUAUGUUUGCUAACGCGCAUGUUUACCAGCCUCAUUAGUGUCUGUUUAUCAUUUUUAUCCAGGAAUAUAAAUGAGCUUGAAAAGUGGGUCAGAUUAGGAUGCAAUAUUUCAGUGUGUUGUGGUUAUUCUUCAAGAAACUAUGAAAAGAUGUAGGCAAUGAUUAAACAGUAAUAUAUUAUGUACUGAUCGUCAAACAACUUUCCUUUAAUACAAUUUUAAUUUCCCUGUUAAUGGAAUAUUUAAAAUGCAUAAAUUGUAACCCUUCCCUGAAAAGAUGAAUAAAAAUGUAAAUGAAUAAAUGUAAAUGAUAGAUAAUACAACACAUGUAUUAUAGAUUUGCUUUAGUUAAGCACAUAAAUAUGCGGCACUUGGGGUUUCGUGUGUUUAUACUCUGUUUAUACUCACGCGGAUAUUAUCUGGAUUACCCCUAGUGUUUUCAAAGUAGAUUAUACAUAGUCUGAAAAAAUAUCUCCUGAAAAGUGUUCAAUAAACAGGAUGAUACUCAUUAGAAUCACUGUCAGAACUUAUGGUGUACAUCUUAAAGUUCUGCAUUAUCUCCUUAUAUGUGAUUUUUCCGUGUCUAUCUGACCCAUCUGGAGCACUUUUCAUUCUCCAGUUGACAAGAAACAUUCAGAACAUUUUGGUUUGGCCGUGAUUUAACGAGAGCAGUGCGGAGUCAACACUCCUUUCACACUCAGUCACAUAAAGGCAUGGUAGCCAUCUAAGUCACAUGGGCCUCUUCCCCAGUCUGAGGUUGCUUGUCCCAAACUACAGUUUGCAGUUUGCAUCAUGGGAAAAAUUGCUCAGAUUAUUGGUUAAACUGUGGUUGUGUCACACCCAACUCCGUCCGAUCCUCGUGUGUGCCACACCCACCUUGUUACCUCGUGUUAACUCCUGAUUGUACUCACCUGUUGCCUAUUCCUUUUGCCUUGUCUUGAGUAUUUAGUCCGUGUCUCAGUCAGUAUUCCCCAGUUCUGUCAUUGUACCUGUUAGUCGUCGUGCUUCCCCGGUCCUGCCUGUUUCCUCAAUAAACCUUGUUUAUCCGUCCAUCCGACUGAUCUGCCUGCUUUCCUGCUCGCCCGCUCCACCGACGUGACAGAAAUACUAUAAAGGCUGGCGCUGGAUCGUCCAGCCCCGCGCCCCCCGUGAUGCACAGCAUGCUGCCAGCGGUGGUCAAGCUCUGCUGCGGAAUCUCUUACUCGCAUGUACGGAGCGCCACAGGACUGAAACGUGCAGCUAUGGCCGCAAUUGGACAAGAGUUAGCUCACCUGAAAAAGGACAGUCACCUCACCUUUCCUGGUUGGGCAAGAAUCACGCGGCACAUUGAAAACAGAUGUGAGGGUGUAAUGUCAAAGGGAGCAAUUGCUUUGAAAGAUGAAGAAUCAGCCUAUGAGAAACAAGGCAGAGACGCACUGGAAAAGGCCUUGGAGAUUAUUGAGGACAAGACUGGAUGGAAAAUCGAGAUUUCAGAGGAAAAUGGAGAUGUUAUCUACAGCAAAACACUACUGGGGGCCAGAAAGGUGUUCAGGCUGGAAGCUGUUUUAGACGCCUCCCCUGAAGAGCUCCAUCACCACUUGUUUAUCAAUGUGACAGAAAUGAAGUUAUGGAACCCUAACAUCCAGCACAUUGAGGUGCUGAAGCGUGUCAGCAAGGAUACCAUGGUAACUCAUGAGGUUUCAGCUGAGGCCGCAGGCAACCUGAUUGGCCAGCGGGAUUUCCUGAGUGUCAGACACUGCAGUAAGCAGAAGUCUUGCAUUUACUUAGCUGGAAUUGCCACACACCUAGAAUCCUACCCUCCACAAAAGGGCUUCGUGAGAGCCCAAGAUGGACCUACCUGCAUAAUUAUACAGCCGACUGAAGACAGCACGGGCCGGAGCCGAUUCACAUGGCUUCUCAACAUGGACCUGAAGGGCUGGUUGCCGAAGUCCAUUGUCUAUCAAGCUCUGCCGCGAGCCCAGGCGGAUUUUACCCGGCACCUACGGAGACGCCUGUCCGACAGGGCGCCAACUGCCCAGCGCCGAGACGACCCCAGAAGUAAAUGAGUCUCUCUGUCUCUGAAAUAGCCACCCCCCGACUCCCCUGGUGCCUCGAGCAGAGCAAAGACCUCACCGACUGGAGAACCUGCUUUAAGAGGACCUGAGAAGCUCUCCAGACCUCUGCAGGCAUAACUAACUAGAGAACCAGACAACUUGUAUUCAUUAUAGGAACUCAAUGCCACACAACCUCGUAACUUGAUGAGUUACAUUGAUACUAAUAAAUAAACUGCUUUAUUUAAAGGA